AUGGUGACAACAAAGUGGUCGACAACGAGUGCGCCGACGCCGCCCGCUCAAGCGGCAACCGCUAGCGAGACGGUGACUACACCGCGCCAGGCCUCGACCUCUCCAUCGUCUGAGGGUCAAAUAUCACCAGAGGGUCGCUUCGAAGUGGACUCGGAGCUAUCACGAAGCCCUUGCCAAGCGGAUUCGACGUGCGGUUCUGAAGUUGAAGUCCAUCCGGCAAGUCGAGCCAGCGCAGCGCAAGCCUCAAGCUCGUCCAAGACCGCCUCGAAUCCUUCUCUAUCCGACGGACGCAUCGCAUACCUUCUAUCGGAUGAGGCUUUCUUGAACCACUAUGCCCUCACAGGGUCAGAGUGGGGAUGGGGGUAUGGACCUACGGAGGAGGAUUCCUCUGGGUUAGAGCCGGAAACCAAUUCUGGUGCCACGCAUUCCCUCGAUGCUUCGUCCAGCGCGCCUGCAUCGUCUGCUUCCUCGUCUACCCAGAACCCACCCCAAGUCGACCCGUCACACCCAUGCACCAUCUGCCAAAAGCAGUUUACGAGGUCUCUCCUCACUACCUCGAAUUUUGACCACUUGAAAGAACCUGAGACUCACCUCUCUGCGCAGGCCAAGCACGCUCGCGGCGCAUAUGAACACGCACCGGGAAGCUAUGUGUGA